UACUACGAUGGCUACGCUGCAGAAAUCGCCAUGACGGUCGUGUGAAAAUGUGUUGAAAGCAUUCUUGCUGUGAAAAUGAGCGCUGGAUCGUCGAAUUCUAAGGGCCCCCGGCUCUUCAAGGUCGUCAUUUUGGGCGACGGUGGCGUCGGUAAAAGUGCUCUGGUGAUGCAGUUUGUUUGUCACAGAUUUUUGGACUAUCAUGACCCAACCAUUGAGGAUGCAUACCAGCAGCAAGCCAGGAUUGAUGGAGAACCAGCACAACUGGAUAUCUUAGACACAGCUGGACAGCCGGAAUUUACAGCAAUGAGGGAACAGUACAUGAGGAAAGGGGAAGGCUUCAUUAUCUGUUACUCCAUCACAGACAGACGAAGCUUUGAAGAAGUUGUGGCAUAUAAAAAAUUAAUUGAUCGUGUUCGGAACCGAGAAGAUAUUCCAUUUGUUGUCGCUGGAAACAAAUGUGAUCUGGAAGAUAUGAGAAAGGUAUCGGCUGAAGAAGGAACUGAUUUGGCUCGUCAGUUUGGGGUACCUUUCUAUGAAACCUCUGCAGCUUGGAGACAGUGUGUAGAUGAUGUGUUUCAUGGAUUGGUUCGUGAAAUUCGACGCAAGGAGCGAGAGACUACAUCGGCCACGGAAAAGCAUAGCCGGCGACAAAAUCGGAUAAAAAGAGUGCAAGCCUUUUUCAAGCGCAUGAACUUCUUCAAGAGAGAAGGCUCUGCUGAUAGAACUUGACAUGGUUUUGAGCUUUGGUGGUGCAAAGGGAAGAUGAGUGAAAGUGCAAUAUGUUUCAUACAGAUGGAUUUUUUUAUUAUUGUUAUUUUUUUUUUUUUUUUUUUUUCCAUUUACUGGUGAUAUUUGCUCCUUUGGACAAUUUAUUUAUGUUGGGAAUUUUUGUUUUAAAUGACGAAAAUGUUGUGUUGUUCUCAGAGAAUUUGUUUACAUGAAAGUUAAAAAGGAAACAAAUGUUCUAUGAGAUCAAGAUGAUUUCAUUAUAAAUAAUUCUGUGCGUUUUAUACAUUUAUUUCUAAUUUUGCAGAGUUUGGAAAUGUUACUGUACUACUGUCGUACACAGUGUAUCACAAGUGUGUACACAGGUGUACAGUGUAUCACCAGUUUGUACACAUGUGUACACAGUCCAUCACCAGUGUUUACCCAGGUGUAGACAGUGUAUCACCAGUAAUUUCAGGGAAUUUUCACCAGCUUUGUACUGCAUUGUGAAAAAUUCUGUUUGAACUUGCAGGUAUGCCUUUUGUUCGUUUUCUUUUUGUACUCUGAUGUUGAAGGAUACAAAUCCUUUUGCCAUAACAUGGAUUAAUUUUGUGUCAAGGUUUAUUUACUGCCAGAGAUUUAAAUGUAAACCCUAGCUGCAGAUACAGUUCAGAAAGUUAUGUAUUUGGAUUACAUUGCAGUACUUCCAAGUACAUGUAAGUUAAUAGGUAAAGUUGUGAUGAGUUUACAGCUCACGACCACAGAUCAUUUUUGUGUAAAACAAAACAAGAAAAACUCUGAAUAUGGAAGUCAACAUAUUUGGUAUUCAUAGCCUGUGUAUAUAUAUACUGAAUUUUCUUUUUUCUGCAUAUUCCUGCAGAUGGCUACAAAAUUACGCCGAAAUAUAGAAUACCAAAUAUGUUGACUUGAAUAUUUUCAGUUUUCCUUAUUUUGGUUUUAUCGCUCAUGUCAGUAACAUAAAUUUAGUACACCUGUAUUUACAUUGCCUGAUGAUGGAACUUUAAUACUCCAUAGCUGAAGAUCUAUCAACUUAACAUGAACUGUUCUGCUGUUCUAGGAGUGACAUUGCUGGUUUCAAAGGUUCAGUGCAGCAAGCGUAGGUGAAAACUGCUGCUUUUACCUGGCAUUAAUCCUGUAAGCUAGAAAGGAAAUUGUUGCAGAUGAGAAUUAAGAAAGUGCCUGAAAUGAUAAAAUUCAUUUUUAUCAAAAAUGACAUACUCAAGCAGUUUUUUUAUUGAGCAAUUGUUACGUUGCACUGAUAAAGAAGUUUUCUGACAAUUCUGUUUGUCAGGUUUGUGAAAUGUCCUUACAAGAAUAUGCUAAACUUUUUCCUGCUGUGUAGAUGAUUGCACUAUCAAAGCCUAAUUCAGAUCAUAUUGGUAAAUUGAGUACUACUGCUGAAUUAGUUCAGAAACUGAAAUUUAUCGAGUGGUGUAGUCUGGGAGGUUUGUAACCUCAAAAGUUCUAAAUGUAUGUUAUCUUACAUAUAGGUAUAUGAAGCUAUCAGCGUUAUUAUUUCUGUCAUUACUAACUAUUCACUUUUGCUCCAUCUUGACCGAGUAGACCGAGUUGACUAGGCUGGCUGAGCUGGCCGAGCUGGCCGAGCAGACCAAUGGCUUAUGCAAUGCAGUUUCAGGUUUAAACUCUGCUCCAGCUUGUUCCACUGUGGCUUUAAGUCAGGUGGUUCGUCAGACAUCUUGUGAGGUCAUUUAAUUAUAACAUUGGCUAUAGUUCUCCUUUCCAUAGCUGCAGUGGGUAUUGAAGCCAUUUAGGUUUUAAUAUGACAUGUAAUUUAUCCUACCACUAUUAGGGAUACUGUAUUUUGUCCACUGUUCAUGAGAACUAACUUUAUAAAUGUUUAUGUGUGGGAAUUGGCGUAUGUUAAGGAAAACUUUCAGGAUGAUUGGUAACUUUUACACUACAGACAUGCACAUAUGUAAACUGUAGUGAUUAUAUGUCGGCCUACAUGUACACUUCAGUCCAUGUAUUUACACCAUUUUUUCUUCCAUGCACAUUAUAUGUGUGAAAGUACAUGUAAUUGUUUUAGAAAACUUUACGUGAUGAUAUUAAAUGCUCAGAUCAGGUGACAUCUGUUUGCUCCAUGGAGAGUUUUUGAUAUGAUGACAUUCUUGAUGUAGUUUUCAUAUGUUUAUUUUACCUUGUUGACUGAUGAUUUUGUAAGUACCUAUAUAUUUUGUGAUUUCUCUAGUCAGCUAUAUUCGUUAAGAUGAGAUAGCCUGGUUCAGUUUCACAUUUAGUAAGCUGACCAUUUAAAAUGUAUAUGUAUACCUAAACUAUAUGAUUUUUUAAAGAGUUUUGUGGCAGUAUUUUGCUUAAUUAAAGAAAUAGUUUUAAUUUUGAAAGGCUAACAGUGGAUAGAUGUAAAUGUGUACAGGAAGAAUGUUGAUAUCACUUCUACUUUUUGGGGAAAAAUUUGUUUCAUGUAUGUUUCGAAAUAGGCGGGAAAAAUAAUUUAUAACCUUGUAGACUUUUGCAGGAAUGGUGUAAAUUGGGAGAUCAUAAAUUCUGGUUUCUCUGGUAAUACUACAUAUUAAGUAGAGGAUUAUGUUCACCAGUAGUCAUUGUUUAUUAGUGCUAGUCAUGAGAACUCAUAUAAAUACUAUAUGUAUUGAACUUUAGAAGAUUCAGUGAAGAAGUCUGAAUUUACAGUAAGGAGAAUUUGUUACUGUUGCACAUAUUUCAUGUUAAGGUUUCUUGUUAUAUUUAUAUAUAUGCGCUUCUAUUUAUUCACACUUCUGGUUUGUGUGUGUGUGCGUGUGCAUGUUUGUAUAUGUACAUGUAUUGAUAUUGUGGUGUUUAUAUAUGAAGGUACAUGAAAGUUGAGUGCCAUGUACCCAGUAGAUAGUAGGUCUAAUGUUAUUCUGGAAACAUGCAUUAUACCGCAUGUGAUUGUGUAAUAAUACUUAUGAUUUUGUAAUGUCCCAAUGUCCGAUGUAUUACACAUGGUAUUGUUUGGACAUAUAUAGCAUGUGUUCAUGUAUGUAAUAUUAUGGAUAGGAUACCGUACACAACUUUGUGUUUAUGAAUGAGAAAGGAAAAAGACAAGUGAAGUUAACCAUUACUUGUAGUGGAGAUAACACACACAUGUAUAAGUAAAAAUACACAUAUAACAUGUGGAGUUUUAUUAAACAGAAUUAAAAGCAUUCAAACAUUUAAAUUAGAAUGUACUAUGUCAAAGGUAUAUACACAUUUAAAUUGAUUUCAUUAUGUCUAAAAAAAAGUGCAUGUACUGCUACCCAUAUUUCAUAGAGUUUUCAGUGGCCUGUCUGAUGAUUGUUUCAAAAUUUAAUUUCUUUUUUGUAAAAGCUAGACUUUAGAAUGCAAUAUGUGCUGCAAAUAUGGCACUGAGCUUCACUCAGUUAUUUAUUUAUUUACUUGUCUUUUAAGAGUCAGUGACAAAACCUGAACUGACAGCCUGUAUUAUAGGCACUUAUAUGGUUUUAACAUAGGUAUUCCAUUUUCUUGCACAAGGUAAAUUAAUAUCUCUAAAAUAUUAUGUAAAUUGACUGCAAGUUGAUACAUUUACCAGUCUGGUACUGUGGAUAGAUUAUAUCAUAACUGUCCACCCACCAUAAUGCUGGCCGCUGUCGUAUAAGUGAAAUAUUCUUGAGUACAGCGUAAAACACCAAUCAAAUAAAAAAAUAAGUACAUCAUAACUGUAAUGCACAUUAGAUAAUCAUGUAUAUGUGCACAUUUGUAUACAUAUGUCGCCUCACAACAUAACCAUCAGGUAAAAAAGAAUGCACACGUUGCCUCCCUUGUUUUUGUAUUUGGCAAUGUCCAUGCAUGCAGUGACCACUGUAGCCAUUUGUUCCAGUUGUCCUUAUACUUGUACAGAGGUUUUAUCCACAUUACUAUGCAGAGAAAAUAUAACACCAGUCAUCUGACAUGAGUGAUAAACUGUGGUUUUCAUAGUUCAUGUGUACUUGUGUAUACAUGUCAAACACCAGGUAUAUAUAGACACUUUUAAUCAGUUUUACAUAUAUGACUUGAAUAUUUGAGUAAUGUAUUGAAUGGGCUAUGAUGAACCUACUUAAUGAGACAAACAUGUACAUGUAGGCGGGUCGCCUAUCCAUUUGUAAGCACGGGGUAUAAGUACCUCAAUACUUCAGUACAUAAGCAAUUUUUUGAUCAGUGCCUAUAACAGUCAUGAAAGCACUUGUAUGUGUUGUUCUGGUGAAGAAUGUCUCUCAAUUUGAACACAUUUAUACCUGUAACAUGUAGAUCUUACAAUACAGUAACAUUGUAUGCUGUGUGACUGAAUAAACCAGUACUAAUCAUUUGAA